AUGAACACUGCCGCGGGUCUUCCAGGUACCCAUGCGACAGUGAAAGGCGCCGGGAAAAAGGCAACACAGGCAAAGCGACAUUUGUACGCAAAGCCAUUGCCUGUAGGCCGCGCAUCAAACGAGUGGAAUCCGUCUGCACCACGCACAUGGCUCGAAAAGUUUAAUGAAUGGUCCAAAUGGCUCUAUGACGGCGUUUCUUCGCCUCCCAUGUACCGUGCAUGGUACGAUGAUACGACAGAAUCCGUGUGGAUGUAUGAUUCGGGGGAUGCACAGGCGCUCUGGACGCAAGGGUUUUUUGGAAAAGGCAAUUUAAGCCGAAGUGAACCUACCUGGGCCGCGCGUCAGCUCGCUGCAGCGAGUGCGCGUAGUCGCGGCGAGCAAAUGACGCAGCGUCGACGCGAAGAGAGAAAACUGCUGAAAAUUGAGCGAGCGCGCGCAGCGGUCAAGGCUGGCAUCCAGCUUCCCGACGGAAUUACAGCGCUUGGUGGUGCAUUGGACGAGGAUCUCGAUGCUAGUGAGACAUCUGGGACGUUAUGGCGCGGUGACGAGGACGUGCCGGAAAUAGAAACCGGUGUUGCGCGCGUUAAAGGCCUGAAAUACUUCUCGACCGACGUGCAUCGACGCAAAGAACAGGACGAAGCUGGUGCUGGCGAGACAGAUCUCCUCGCAGUGCCAGAUGAUGAUCCUGAAAAAUUUGACGGUAUUGAGCAUUUUCAGCUUACGCUAAUCGAGGCGUUUUUCCUCGCAGGAAUGCUUGGAUGCUUGGAAGUAUGCGAUCGGAAUGGUCGUGUCAUGUCGCUCGAAGCGCUAUACCAUCGCUGUUUGCACUCUACCCUUUUGCCAACCAUUACGGCAGCAUCCCCAAACCCAGCGCCUAGACUAUGGGCCCGUCCGGAUAACCCCUUUUUUCUAUCCUACAUUGUAUACCACCAUUUCAGGAGCCUGGGCUGGGUCGUGAAGAACGGCACAAAAUUCUGUGUGGACUAUCUCUUGUACAAAAAGGGCCCUGUUUUCAGCCAUGCCGAGUUUUCUGUCAUUGUCGUGCCUGAAUAUGCAGAUGUGCAGGAUGCAGUCGAUUCACCGUUUAGACCGCACCAUAAUGGUGGUGAAAAAAGUUGGGUAUGGUUCAGUAUGCUGAAUCGAGUCAAUACACAAGUGCAGAAAACCAUGAUACUUGCACAUGUCAUGGUACCAUCGCAGAAGCAGAUAAGCGACGCGGACCUUUCACGCCCCCAGACCCUCGUCGCACUCCUUCGCCAGGGAUAUUUCGCAGUUAAGGAAGUCACGAUUCGACGAUGGGUCCCUGCGAGAAUGAAGCCAUAG